AUGGACGACUUCCGCAACCUGGACCGAGACAUCGAGGGCUCGUCCAAACGCUGGAGGAAGUUGGUGGAGUCGGAAUGUCCAGAGAAGGAGCCUCUGCCUCAGGAGUGGAAGAACAAGACGGCUCUGCAGAGGCUGUGUGUGAUGAGGGCGCUGAGGCCUGACCGCAUGACCUACGCUGUGAGGUUUCUGAACACGACCGUGCGCACCUACAGCACUCACGAUGAUCGGACAGUAGAGCUGCCGGAGAAGUGGAACAAUCUGAAGAAACAGAGUGUGCUUGUCAAACAGCAGGUGGCGCCACUGCAGGCCAUCCAAGUGACAAGUCUGCGGCAACAGUGCACUUCCUUUGACGUGGAGCAGCAUGCAUUCCGAGAACGUUUCCGCCAUGAUGGACCCUUCAGAUUUGACUGUGACCGUCCGUACCAGCUGCUGGAGUCCUUCCAGGAGCAGAUAAGUGAGCGUGAGGCGCUCAUGGACUCUCUGCUGCAGUCUGCGGGCGUCUUCGAGCUCACGCUGCCUCCUUUCAGACAGCUGCUCCAGUGCAGGCAUGAGCUGGGCCUGCUCAAAGAGCUGUGGGACCUGAUCAGUGUGGUGGACUCCAGCAUGGCUGCGUGGAAGACCACCCCCUGGAAGGACAUUCAAGUGGAGGACAUGGAGCAGGAGUGCAAGCGCUUCUCCAAAGACAUCCGUGGCCUGAACAAAGAGGUGCGCUCUUGGGACGCCUUUGAGGGCCUGGACAGUGGGGUGAAGAAUCUGCUGACAUCUUUACGAGCUGUUGCUGAGCUGCAGAAUCCUGCCAUUCGCCCACGGCACUGGCAGCAGCUCAUCCAGGCCACCGGAGUGCGCUUCACCAUGAACCAGGAGACGAGCCUUGCCGACCUGCUCCAGCUGAAUUUACACUGCUUCGAGGAUGAGGUGAGGGCCAUUGUGGACAGAGCCGUCAAAGAAAUGUCUAUGGAGAAGGUCCUGAAAGAGCUGGAUUCAACCUGGACAGGGUUCCACUUGCAGGAGACGAGCCUUGCCGACCUGCUCCAGCUGAAUUUACACUGCUUCGAGGAUGAGGUGAGGGCCAUUGUGGACAGAGCCGUCAAAGAAAUGUCUAUGGAGAAGGUCCUGAAAGAGCUGGAUUCAACCUGGACAGGUAUGCAGUUCCAGUACGAGGCUCACCCCAGGACACAAGUGCUUCUGCUGCGGAGCGACGAGGAGCUUAUGGAGACCCUGGAGGACCACCAGGUGCAGCUGCAGAGCCUGCUGAGCUCCAAGCACAUCUCACACUUUCUGGAGCAGGUGUCGGGGUGGCAGAGCCGGCUGUGUGUGGCCGACUCCGUCAUCUCUAUGUGGCUGGAAGUGCAGCGGACCUGGAGCCAUCUGGAGAGCAUCUUCAUGGGCUCAGAGGACAUCCGCACACAGCUGCCUGAGGACUCAAGGCGCUUCGAGGGCAUUGAUGCAGAUUUCAAAGGGCUUGCAAACGCCAUGCAGCGAACUCCCAACGUAGUGGAGGCCACCAACAAAGCAGGUCUGUUUGGAAGCCUGGAGGAGAUCCAGAGCAGGCUGGCUCUCUGUGAGAAGGCUCUGGCAGAGUACCUGGACACCAAGCGUUUGGCUUUCCCCAGGUUUUACUUCAUCUCAUCGGCUGAUCUGCUGGACGUCCUGUCCAACGGGACCAACCCACAACAGGUCCAGAAGCACCUGUCUAAGCUUUUUGACAACAUGGCCAAGAUGGAGUUUGAAAUGGAUGAGGAGGGCAGCCCCUCGAAGACGGCACUGGGCAUGUGCAGCAAAGAGAGUGAAUAUGUCCCCUUUAACCAGCCCUGUGACUGCAGUGGGCAGGUGGAGGUGUGGCUGAACGCUGUACUGGACACGAUGCGCUCCACGGUGAGACACCAGAUGGCAGAAGCAGUGGCGGCCUACGAGGACAAACCCAGGGACCAGUGGCUCUUUGAUUUCCCUGCUCAGGUGGCGCUGACGGGCUCCCAGGUGUGGUGGGCCUCAGACGUGGGUUUGGCUUUUGCCCGUCUGGAGGAGGGCUAUGAAGGAGCGCUGAAGGAGUACCACAAGAAGCAGGUGUCUCAGCUCAACACGCUGAUCUCGCUGCUCCUGGGACAGCUCAGCCCCGGGGAGCGCCAGAAGGUCAUGACCAUCUGCACCAUCGACGUCCACGGCCGAGACGUGGUGGACAAGAUGGUGGCUCAGAAGGUGGAGAACUCGCAGGCCUUCGUGUGGCUCUCCCAGCUGCGGCACCGCUGGGACGAGGCAGAGAAACACUGUUUCGCCAACAUCUGUGAUGCAAACUUCCUCUACUCCUACGAAUACCUGGGAAACACGCCGCGUUUAGUCAUCACUCCACUCACAGACAGGUAUGGCCGCUCUCAACUCAACACGAAUGAAUGCAUCCUGCUGCUUCUGCCCUGUGUGCAGCGCACGCAGACACCAGGCUUUGAGCACAAGGCGCUGAGCCAGCCGUGUGUCUGCGCAAGUGCAAGUGCGCUGAUAAGCCCGCCGCCUCAGCCUGCAGAGAACACACUGACCACAGGCCUUUGA